CAAAGGCUCUCAAAUUUUACACCAAAAAAUAUCCUCUCUACAUUCAUAGAACAUAAAGAAAAAAGAAAACCCACCAAAAACACACAUCUCCGAUUCUUGCAAGCAGAAAGGCAGCCUCUAAAUUUCCACAGGGAGAGAGAAACUUGUAGCACUAUUCUUGAGGGUUUUUCAAUGGCUACUUCAAUUUCAGCAACUGGGUUUAAGGGAGGUUUUGGUACUAGUUCAUUUAUGGCUGGCGAAGACUUUGGCAUGUUGGCUAAGUCAGUACUGCCAAACCAUGUAAGGGUUGCAAAGCCGGUAAGAUUGGCGGCCACGAUGAAGAACGUUAAUGAAGGGAAGGGUCUUUUCGCACCUAUUGUUGUUGUCACACGCAAUAUAAUUGGCAAGAAAAGGCUCAACCAGCUUAGAGGCAAAGCAAUUGCCUUACACUCUCAGGUGAUUACCGAAUUCUGCAAAUCAAUAGGAGCAGACUCAAAACAAAGGCAAGGACUGAUCAGAUUGGCCAAAAAGAAUGGAGAAAGACUGGGGUUUCUCGCUUGAGGAAAGGCCGAAAUGGUCGAAAUUUGUUAUCACUAGUUGCAAAGAUUCAAAUCCAUGGCUCAUUUUGUUUAAGAACUUUUCAGGUGUAUACGUUCUCAGCGUACCUCUAUCACCAUUACCCAUUUUAGUUGUAAUAGCUAGUCUUCAAGCUAUCGAAAUAAACUAUAGCAAAAGUUUAUUACAUCACGAAUUUUUUGCGAUAAAACUUUCCAUUUUUUA